AUGGAGGCCUUCAACAUCUUGCCCAAGGGCCAUGGAGGUAGCCUGAAGACCCUUCUUCUCGGUACCAUCACUCUCUGUGGUGCCGUCGCUGGGCUGCGCGGUGGCGUCAUGUCUGUCAAUGACUUCACCAACGGCGAGCUCGACCUCAAUGAUUUCAUCGCCGGCCAGGUCAUGGCUGGCAACCGCAAGGUUCCUGCCGAGUUCGCUGGUGUUGACCUCAACCUCACUCACCACAUCGAGCCUGCCAACAACAAGAGUGUCGACAAGGUUGACUGGAACAACCCUCCCAUGUGGGCUAUUCGUCCUGAGGAUCGCGCUGCCUUCCUUGCUGGUGGCCCUUCUGCCCUUUCUCUUCCGAAGCGUCCUAACCAUGAGGGUGACAUCACUCCCCCCUGCGAGGACAAUCAGUCUCACAAGCUUUACUACACUUACUACAAGAUCGACUGCCCCGCCAAGCUUCACACUGACGGCAAGCGCAUCGCCACCAGCUCGUCUGGCACUUGCGAGAAGUGGAAUGAGUUCAACGACCAUCUCGAGUGUGCCAGCUUCUGCCAGGCUGAAACCACCUUCGAGUGGGCUGAGGAGAGACCUUUCCCUCACUCUGACUGCCACUACCCCAUCGACUGCGGCAUCACUGAGAGCGACUCCACCUCCUACAGCUGGGGCAUCAGUCUCAAGCCCAAGCUGGCCUGGAUCAAGGCGCUCAAGUUCGGCGUCUCCGGCGGCUACCACCAGAGCCAGUCCACGUCCACCGGUCGUAAGUUUGACAUCAAGCUGAACGAGGAGAAGAAGUGCGGCUACUUCACCUGGGUCCCCAUCAAGAAGACGGUCUGUGGUGUCUUGUCCGAGUCCAAGCCCGGCCUCAAGACCAAGUGGGUUAUGACUGAUGACGGCUACCUCGAGGUCGGCUACUGUGAUGUUUCCGAGGGCCCUGGCACCGAGGAGGAUCCCGAGGCUGUCACCGACGGCAACUACUGCACCAGCAUGCCCUGGUACAUCCAGACCCCCUCCAAGAAGAUGGUCCCCGACGGCACCGUCCUCUUCGUCUACACGGACUGCAACGACCGCUCCCCCCUCCCCAUGGAGCAGCAAGACCCGAUCUACGCCAAGUCCGGCGUCGCCCUGCACAGCCUGACCGUCCGCGCUCUGCACGACUCCUGGAUCAAGAACUUCUGCCACUUCGAGAAGAACAUCCCCUGGUUCGACCCCGCGACCGGCAAGACGGACAAGUACAAGACGCUCUACCUGCUCGGCACCGGCUUCUCCGACAACCAGAUCGGCGGCGAGGACGGCAAGGGCCUCAUCGAGAAGAUCACCGCCUGCGCCAAGGGUGAUAUCAAGGAGGUCGCCUUCGGCUGGAUCGACUUCGGCCACCCCGACGACGACAACGAGCUCCGCGGCGCCUACUGGUCCCUCCGCGCCCGCAUGCCCAAGACCAUGGACGGCGGAUGCGUCGGCGACGUCCUCAUGGACAUUGACGGCACCACUGUCGACCGCUGCGGUGACGGCAGCUAG